UGUUCUGUGUCAAAAAGUCAGAGACUAAGUUAGAAGGGAUUUUUGUGACAACUUAGUAUACUUCCUCAAUGCAUUAAUGUUUUUCACAGUAUUUCUGGGUCUAACGCCUAACAUUUUCAGUGAUAAAGAACACAUUAUUUCAGAAAGCAGUGCACUGUAGUUUGCAUAUCUCUGGUAGAAAAUUCUUUAUAAGAAGUCAAGCUUUGGCUUCCCAUAUUUGUACUUCGUACUCUAGGCAUAGCCUCAUUAUUUCUAGUUUGGAUUUUUAAGAGUUAAGAAUAAAUCUGGGAUUGUCUCGGAGGGGACACGCCGCGCAGACGCCAUGGAAGUGGUGCUGCUCCUUCUGUGCGGCCUCCUGGCCCCAGCGGUCCUGGCCAGCACAGCUGAGCAGGAGAAAGGAAAGGACCCUUUUCAUUACGACUACCAGACCCUGAGAAUCGGGGGGUUGGUGUUUGCGGUGGUCCUCUUCUCUGUGGGGAUCCUGCUUAUCCUCAGUCGCCGAUGCAAGUGCAGUUUCAAUCAGAAGCCACGGGCUCCUGGGGAUGAGGAGGCUCAGGUGGAGAACCUUGUCACUGCAAAUGCCAUGGAGCCCCAGAAAGCAGAGAACUGAAGUGCAGCCCCCAGGCGCAAAGAGCCUGAAGGCAGCUGCUUGAACCUUUAGAUGCAAAUACUGAUGCUUAAAAAAACCGGCCACUUCAGCAACAGGUCUUUCCCCAGGAGAAGCCAAGAACUUAUGUAUUCCCAGCCCCUCGAUACCUGUCCUCAACUUAAUAAUGCAACCCUGCCUCCCCCACUUGGAGCCUGUGGUCUCGUCCACCUCCUGUGACGUGUGUGUCUGUGUGUGUGUGUCUGAUGACUGUGGUCUCUGUGGUUGCUUGUUUGUGGAUGAUGUGUUUUAGUGAACCCGAACCCACUUUCUUGGGCCAGAGCUGAGCCACGUGGUCUCAGCUCCUCUCUCUCCAUGGCCCCAUCACCUCCCACUUUUGGGAGGCUGCUUUUUCUCUGACAGACCAGUCCCUUCUCUUGAUUUCAGGGUGGAUAUGGGGGUCUGGUGGGAAUCUCCAGUUGGCUUGGGACUUGGGAAGGUUUACAUCACCUUCAUGAUCCUUCUGCAUGGCCACUUUUCACUCUUUUUGUAAGAACCUUGCUUCCAUCCUUGUCCCUGGACCAAAUCUGUGCUGAGGUCUCUUGGCAGCGGGAGGUUCCAGCAAGGAGCUGAUGAGCCCACCUUGCCCUCAGGUGGCUGAACCGCGUCCCUGGUGCCCAUAUGCCCCGCCUUACCCUGCCCCCGGGGAAAUGUGCCCCUUGCGUAUCUUCUCAGCAAUAACCCCCUGGGCUCUGGAACCAUACACCCUUCUCCAGCCUUCCCUGCUCCAGAGACUCCCAUCUAUAGCCAGCUCGGCUGGACCCAGGCUCUCAUCCCUGAACUGGGGCUCUGGCAGGUGAUGGCUGAAUGGAUGCAAUUGGCUGGGGCCUGUGCUCUGGGGAGGGACAGCAUGGAGAAAGAGCAGGGGUCCUCUGCUUCGCUGUCUGCGCCCUGCUGGCCAGGCAGCAGCGCCGGCUCCCGCCCCCUCUGCUAGCCUGGCACCAAGUUAGGGAGCGGGCAGGGCUCCGGGCAGCCCCGCUGCAGGCGGAGCAGCAGGAGGUCCCAGGUGGUGAAGAGAGUGGAAAGGCAGACCCCGCCCCUCCCGCCCCUCGUGUUCUCGUGGAAACGGACCAAACCGUGCCGCUGUGAGCAGGACUGCCGUUCUCUGUGUCGUGAUCUCUCCUCAACAAGGACAAAAAGGAAUAAAAUACCACUUGUUUCCUAAAAAAAAAAAAAAAAAAAGAAUAAAUCUGACUCUGAUUGCUCUUCUAGUUGACACUGUAGCAUUUGAAGACUAUGGUGCCCUCAAACUUCUUCCUUUUAACUUCACCUCUUUAAAAGGUAACCUCCUUUGUGACAGUUAAGAUUUUGCAUGUAGGAUGUGAAGUAUCUAAUAACACAGCUUACUGAAUGGUUUUGUGAACUCCUUUAAAUGAGAUAGUCUGAUGCAUAGGUGCUUCAAGCAUCAAAUAUUAUGUUUUACCUGUUUUGCUGUACUCUAGAUGAUGUUCUUUAGAUAGAAAUUUGUUAGUUCAAAGUGUUGUUUGUUCUUCUCUGUUACAUACCACCAGCAUAUAUUAAAUAAUUUCUUAUAGUAGUAACCCUUGGAUUAUUAAACAUCAUUCUUAUUUUUUAAUUAAGAAAAGAAGCAACAUAUAUUCAUUUAUUCAGAAAAUAUUUAAGGCCCAGCCACUGUGCCAAGUUACGUGCAGGAUAUUAGGAGUCACAAUGGCAAACGAGAUGUAUUUUUGACAACAGAAAACAAAAAUAUAAUCACAUGACUGAGAGGCUUGAAAAACAAAAACUUUUAAGGACCUACUACUUUUGCAUAAUCACAGAUAGUGAGGUUUUAAAUAAAAAUUUACUUACAACCCUUUUUCUUUUUUACCUGUUUUUAACAUAAUUGUAAACAUAGUACACCUCCAGGUAUUUUUUUUAAUCUUUAUGGAGAUAUAAUUCAAAUACUGUACUAUUCAUCCACUUCAAGUGACUAACUCAGUAGUUUUUUGGUAUAUUGCAUUAUUGAUUUUUUCGUUAUGAUAAAAGGUAUAUAACAAAAUUUGUCAUUUUGACCAUUUUUAAAUGUUAAUUUCAGUGGUGUUAAGUACUUUCAUAGUGUUUUGCAAUCAUUACCACUGUUUGUUUCUAAAACUUUUUUGUCACUCCAAACAGAAACUCUGUAAUCAUUAUGCAAUAAUUUCCCAUUCUCCCUUUCCCUCAGUAUUUGGUAACCCAAUCUACUUUCUGUCUCUGUGAAUUUGCCUAUUCUAGCUAUGAUGUAAGUGGAAUCAUAUAAUAGUUGCUCAUUUGUGUCUAGCUAAUUUCACUUGGACAAAUGUUUUUAAGAUUCUGCGUUCAGAUUUUGUCCUGCCUUUUUUUAGAUAACAUAUCAAAUAUUUAAAAAAUAUUUUUCCAUGUUGCUACAUUAUAGCUUUAAUUAUAGCUUUUAUAAUUUUUAUGAGCCAUAAAGUCAAAGUAUGUUUGGAGUAUGAUGCUUUUUAACUGGUUGUAGUAAUGAGAUUCUGUAGGUUCAAAUGACAGAAACCUAACUCAGAUUACUUACAAGCAGGGAAUUGAUUGGUUCCUAGAACAGAGAAGUGUAGAGGGUUAUAUCUGGCAGGAUCUAGGGACUCAGAAGAUGUCACUAGAUAAUGUCCAGGCUCUUGACUCUGCUGUCCUCUCAGUGACUUCAUUGUUAAGAAGCCAUUUGUGUCUUCUCCAUCCUUGUAUCUUCCUGCAAGUGAGCAACCCCAGCAAAAGGAGUGUCUCUUUCCCAGUAUCUCUGGCAAUAGUCCUGGGAAUGAUUCUUGUUAGAUCAUAUGCCUAAUGGUUGAGUUCAGAGGUGGAAUCAUAUGAUCUACUCAAAUCAUGUGAACCAAAUGGGGGAGAGAUCAUUCCUGAAGAGACUCGGGACCAACAAGCAUGUGUCUUAUCUCAGUGGUACAUCAGGUGCCUCUGAUUGGUCACAUUUAACAUAAAGACAUACCAUGUUUAUGGCCUGAAUGAGUAGUAGCACCCCUGUCAUUAUAGAGACUAACUAUUUUUACAUAAAUCAGGGGUCAUCAACCUUUUUAACCCAUUUGUCUUUAGCAGAAUUAAAUGCUUGUGGGCACCAUAAGCACAGAGUGGUGAGCCCAAAAUCAAAGAGCAAAGGGAUUAUUAGGGAAAGGAAGAUAGGGAGGGACCACAGAAGGACAUGCAUAUGUGAAAUGCUAUUACUAAUUUGUCCACACCGUCCUUUGUGACAUCUGUGCCAUAAGUUGUCUAAUCUUUUGUGAAAUCAUUUAUAUUUUUUCUACAAAGCACGUGUAUUUCUUUGGUACUGCAUUGGUUAUAUGGCCAACCGCUCUUUUUCUUGU